UGCUGCCUGAGGCUCUUGGGAGGGGUUACAGUAUAUAACCCCUCUCUGCUGCUUUGCACAGUGACUGCUCCUCUGUCUAACUCAGUCCUCAGACCAAACCACCAACCUCUCACCAUGGCUCAGCAACCAAUCAGCCUCCCUGCUAAACUUAUCAAUGGCGGAGUUGCUGGACUGGUGGGUGUUACCUGUGUGUUUCCUAUAGAUCUUGCCAAGACAAGACUCCAAAACCAAAGAGGAAGCCAAAAGGUCUACAAAAAUAUGAUGGACUGUCUGAUUAAGACUGUUCGAUCUGAGGGAUACUUUGGAAUGUACAGAGGUGCAGCAGUCAACCUGACACUGGUAACUCCUGAGAAGGCCAUCAAACUGGCUGCCAAUGAUUUCUUCCGUCAGCGGCUCAGUAGGGGAGAACUCAAGCUGAGCGUUUUUCAGGAAAUGCUGGCUGGCUGCGGUGCAGGAAUGUGUCAGGUUAUUGUCACAACACCAAUGGAAAUGCUUAAGAUCCAGCUUCAGGAUGCAGGACGACUUGUGGCCCAGCAGAGGAAGUUACCCAUGCUCCAGACUGUGAAACUUGGGACAGCCAGUCCAGUCCUGAACUGUUCGUACAGUGUGGGUCCAAUGUCUUCAACCCGGAAAGUGUCAGCCAUUCAGAUUACCCAGGAACUGCUUCGCACAAAGGGCAUCCAAGGACUUUACAAAGGACUAGGAGCAACCCUCAUGAGGGACAUCCCAUUCUCUGUGGUUUACUUUCCACUGUUUGCCCACAUCAACAAGCUGGGCAAGACAUCUGAGGACGACAAUGUGCCGUUUUACUGGUCUUUUAUUUCAGGCUGUGUAGCUGGAUGUACAGCGGCUGUGGCAGUCAGUCCUUGUGACGUGGUGAAAACUCGGCUGCAGUCACUGAAUAAAAGUGCAAACGAAGACACCUAUAAUGGCGUGGCAGACUGUGUCAGAAAGAUAAUGCGCAAAGAAGGGCCAGCUGCUUUUCUGAAGGGUGCCGGAUGCAGGGCCCUGGUCAUUGCUCCGCUCUUUGGAAUUGCUCAAGUGGUUUACUUCAUCGGUGUUGGGGAGUUUCUCUUAGGACAAACCCCAUUCAACCUUUACUCUGUCUAAACUAUGAAACCACCAGAAUUAAACUUAAAAGACCAAGGCAGCUAUGAUGCAACUAAAUAUCUGAGAACAAACCAACCUGGUCUCUUGACAGUUUGUACAAAUGUGCAUGCGAUGGCAAAAUCGUCCAAAUCUGGGCCAUACAAAAAAAUACAAACCAAACUUAACCUACCAAACCUAAAUGGUAGAAAAGUUGUGACUGAGGUGGUACUCUUUCAAAUGGUACUCUUAUGCACCAUGUAAGUACAAAUAUGUACUAACACAGACUCCUUAGGGGUUAAGUGUAUAGUGUACUGCCCCAGUGACAGAUUUUGUACCUUCUUUUCUGAGCGUGUACGAUUCCGCCAUCUCACACAAAUUACUAUGUGUUGUAUAGUUAUUAGAGUGUGUUAAAACAAAUUGUUUUUGGAGAAGACCGGAGAAGUUCAUGUCUUUACAUGCUACCUAUAGCAUAUUCAACUGGCUUAUUCAGGAAGCUAUAUCAUAGCACAUGAUUGUUUCUUUUUCUUUUGGAAAUGUAUGGUCAGAGAGGUCAGAUUUAUCCUCAGUGAGGGUUGAUUUGAAAACAUACGGCCAUGACUCAUGCACUCAAAGGGCCAGAAAAUCAUGUGAUAUCUUUUUUUUAUACAUAUGUCCUUCAUUAACAGUUCUAUCCUACCUUCUUCCUGUGAUGUUUUGUAUAUGCACAGUAUUACGGAGGCACUGCUGAUUAAUGUGGACAUUAGCAUGGAGACAUACCUAUGAGGACAUUGUUAUACAAUAUACAUGAGAGACACACAGAAAGACAGGAUGUUUGAUUCCUGCUGAAGUGAGAUUUUACAUUUACAGAAUAGACAGAAAAGACAUUCUGUUCAACCUCAUUUUGUUAAAUUGUCACCUUAGAGACUGGGCAGACAUCUUGAACCAUUCCAGAAACUGGGACUUGAGUGUGGUUCACACUUUGAAAUGUACUAAUCAAAAGAAAUACUGAACAAAACUAUGCAAACAGUGGUUUGACAGAAUGACCGUGACUAAAAUCUAUGUGUGUUUUGUUCUUGUUAAUUCCACAAUGUUCCUAACUUUGUUGUUAGUACAUGCAAA